AGGCACUUUUUGCCCUCCGCUCCCCUGUCCCUCAGGCGGCGCCACCCUAGUGGGCACUCGCUUGGGCGGCGCUCGUGUCCCGCGCUCCCCUCCUCCGCCUUUCAUUCCCAGCUGCCAAGAUCUUGGAAGCUUUGGAGCUUAGCAGAGAAGGGAAAUCCAUUGAGAACAGUCUGUAAAGGUGUCCUAGGACGACCUCUUGGCUUUGCCCCUGUUGCAGAAAGUCUCUGCAGCCUGAGCUGUGGGAUCGACGGAGACACAGCAGUGGUCUGAAAGGUUCAAAAGCAAGGAGUCCAACGGAUCGUGGACUGAGUAUUUCAAACUGUAAGCCAAAACAACCCUUUUCCUUAUAUUUCAUCUGAGAAAAUGUCUUUUAGAUUCGGCCAGCAUCUCAUCAAGCCAUCUGUGGUGUUUCUCAAAACAGAACUGUCCUUUGCCCUUGUGAACAGGAAACCUGUGGUUCCAGGUCAUGUCCUCGUGUGCCCUCUGCGGCCAGUGGCACGCUUUGGAGACCUGCGUCCCGAUGAAGUGGCCGACUUGUUUCAGGCGACCCAGAGAGUCGGAACGGUGGUGGAGAAGCAUUUCCAGGGGACCUCGCUCACCUUCUCCAUGCAGGAUGGUCCUGAAGCUGGACAGACUGUGAAGCAUGUUCAUGUCCACGUUCUUCCCAGGAGGGCUGGAGACUUCCGCAGGAAUGACAGCAUCUAUGAUGAGCUCCAGAAACACGACAAAGAGGAUGAGGAUUCCCCCGCCUCUUGGAGAUCAGAGGAGGAGAUGGCAGCGGAAGCUGCAGCCCUGCGGGUGUACUUCCAGUGAGGCAUAAAAGUCACUGAAACAAAUCCCAAGGCAUAAGGAAAUAGGCCUCGUGCUCUAGUGCUCCGUGGUAUAGCACCACUGCGGUUGUGCAGCCUUUGGCAAAGCAGUUUAUCACACUCGAGGAAGCCGGGAGGGAAAUCUUCCAUCGUGAUGACUGGCAGUCUAACUUCAAACCCACAGCAUUGACAACCCUGGCACACUUUUCUUGCUGCACACUUACAAUAGAGCCUUUUCUAAACCGUUCCUCAGCUGGGAUGAAAAUAAAAAUGGUAGU